AGUUUAGCAGUCUGUGCUGUUUCUCUCUCUGGACUCAGUGAUGUUCUGGCGGUCCGGCGGAGCGGAGCGGGAGGAGAGAGAGAGAGAGAGAGAGAGCGGUAGAGAGUAAUAGAGAGAUGAUGGUGGGGGUUCUCUGUGCUCUUGGGCUGCUGCUGCUGUCCUGCGGUGGUGAGGAGCUCCGGACGAACUGCAGCUCAGCGGUCAGCAUCUGGACUGACCUCGGGAUCACUGCGGAACACACUCCGGAACACACAGUCACAGGUGAUCAUCUGCAGGUGUGCGUGCAGGAGUGGACCUGCUGUACGCAGGAGGUGGAGGAGAAGCUCAGCGAGAGGAGUAAACAUGAGUUUGAGAAGCUCGUGGAUGAAGCCAGUGAAGACCUGAGGAACACCUUUGUGUCCAGACAUAAAAGGUUUGAUGAGUUCUUCCUGGAGCUGUUGGAGAACACGGAGCGCUCACUGAAUGAGAUGUUCGUGAGAACAUAUGGAAAGCCUUACAUGCAGAACGCUGAGGUGUUCCAGGGCCUGUUCUCCGAGCUAAAGCGCUACUACACCGGUGGGAAUGUCAACCUGGAGGAGAUGCUGAAUGACUUCUGGACGCGACUGCUGGAGAGGAUGUUCCAGUUGCUGAACUCCCAGUAUCUCAUCACUGAGGAAUAUCUGGAGUGCAUCAGCAAGUACAUGGACCAGCUCAAGCCCUUCGGAGAUGUUCCCAAGAAGCUGAAGUCUCAGGUCACACGGGCCUUCAUCGCUGCCAGAACCUUCGUCCAGGGCCUCAUGGUGGGACGGGAAGUGGCCAACAGAGUUUCAAAGGUUAGCAUGAGCGUGGCGUGUGUUAAGGCCGUCACCAAGAUGCUGUACUGCCCGUCCUGUGGAGGUCUUACUGCGGUCAAACCCUGCAGGAGCUACUGCCUGAACGUGCUAAAGGGCUGCCUGGCCAACCAGGCUGAUCUGGACCCUGAGUGGACGCACUACAUCGAUGCCAUGUUGCUGGUGACGGAGCGGCUGGAGGGACCCUUCAACAUCGAGUCUGUGAUGGAGCCGAUCGAUGUGAAGAUCUCAGAGGCCAUCAUGAAUAUGCAGGACAAAAGCGUGCAGCUCUCCUACCAAGUUUUUCAAGGCUGCGGCCAGCCCAAGCCCUCGGGAAUGAGCAGGUCUGCCCGCGGCGUCUCGGACGUUUUCAGCGCCCGUUUCAGGCCGUACAGCCCCGAGGAGCUGCCCACCACCGCCGCUGGGACCAGCCUGGACCGCCUGAGGACUGUGUGGAAAGCCAUGCAGCACGGUGUGAUCGACAUUAAAGAGAAGUUGAAGCUGUCCAAAAACUUUUGGUCCUCGCUGCCAGAAGGAAUCUGUCAGGAGGAGCACGUAGCUGUGGAGACGGAAGAGGAAGCCUGCUGGAAUGGACAGGAAGUGGGAAGGUACGUCCCUGAGGUUCUGAAGGACGGUCUCACUCAGCAGGUCAAUAAUCCAGAAGUUUCAGUGGACAUCACCAGGCCAGAUUCCCUCAUUAGACAGCAGGUGAUGGCUCUCAAAGUCAUGACCAACAAGCUGAAGAACGCCUACAACGGCAAUGACAUCUACUUCCAGGACUCAAGUGACGAGAGCAGCGGUUCUGGUAGCGGUAGUGGCUGCAUGGAGUCCUGCGUUACAGAACCUGAUGGUUCCAUCACAGAAAGUCCCGUAUUAGAAGCAGAUCGAAGUGCUGAGCACUCGUCCGUCGCUCUGCUCCACCAGGCCUCGGCACUUUCUCUGAUCCUGCCCUUCCUCACACUGAUCCACCACUGCAGAUAGGACACGCUGAGGGUGGACCCAGGCUUCUUCAGCCCACAUCCAGAAACUAUCCCCUCUCCUGGAAGGACGUUGGUGAUGCUGAGGACCUUUUCUUUACGUCCCUAAGAUCACUCUGGUUCAGCCCAGCGCUGACCUUUCCAAACUGUCCACUUUAACGAGCGGUGGACUUCAUUAGUGAGAUGUAUUCACAGACAGUUUGUACUUUGUACCACCGUCUGUCCUCAGUACAUCCCACUCAAGCAGCUCUGAUGUACGAUAAAAUAAGAUUUCUUUUUUUUUUUUUAGCUCUUCUUGUGGUAAUUUCUCGAACCCUGUUCUGGGUCUGUGAUAAGUUUCUGACAUCACUCAGCGCUGUUUCAAGCUUGGGGGCGGAUAAACCACAACGCUGUGAUGUCAUGAGAUAAAAACAAGAUUUAAUCGGUAAUUACCAAAAUUUGUCUUAAUUUGUUGCAUUUUAUGAAGACUUUGUUUUUACCAAUUGCACUAAAAGCCAUAUAUGUGUGCACACAACAUGGCCAAAAGUAUGUGGACACCUGAAUAUCACAUCCCUAUGUGCUCACCGAAGAUCUCAUUCCAAACCCCAGGGUAUUAAUAGGGAGUCCUGCUCUCCAUUUGCUGCAGUAACAGCUCAACACUUAUCGAAUGGCUUCACACUACGUGCUGGAACACCACUGCAGGGAUUCUACUCUAUUUGUCCACAAGAGCAUUACUGAGGUGAGGUACUGAUGUCAGGCUAUAAGAUCUGGCUCUCAGUCAGCAUUCCACUUCAUCCCAAAGGUGUUGGAUGUGUUGAGGUCAGGGUUCUGUGCAGGGCAGUCAGGUUCUUCCACACCAAACUCACUCUAUAUUUCUUUAUGGGUGUCCUUCACUUCAACUACCUGGCCAAAUUCAUGAAAAAAGCCCCGGUCCAUUAUUCCCCCUGCACCAAACUUUACAGUCAGCAUUCCAUAUGCAGGCAAGUAGCGUUCCCCUGCAUUCACCGAUCCGGGAUUUGUCUGUUAGACUGCCACUCUAGAGAAUGUAGUUCCACUGCUCCAGAGCAAAGUGGUGGCGUGCUUUGCACCACUCCAGAAUACAACAGGUGUUGCUCCAAGACGUUUCCACCUCACAAUAACAGCUCUUCCUACUGAACUUCUAGCAAGGCGGAUAUUUGGCAAACUAAUUUGUGGUAAAGGUGCUGUUCACUGAUAGUACCAUGAUGAAAGUCAUUGAGCUUUUCUGUAGAAGCCAUGCACUUCACUGUACCGACAGUGUGGAGACUGCAGGACUGCAUGAUUUUAUAUACCUGUUAACAGUGAGUGUGGCUAAACCACUAAUUAGAAAAGGUGUCCACAUACUUUUGGCCAGGUAGUGUAAUUCUGCUUUUAUAUGACAAAGUUGAUUUCAUUGGAACGUGUUUGAAGUUUUAGUCAUGGACAUAAAAACCCUGCUGAAAAGGGGCCAUAGGAAACCUCAUUGUUUUGCUUUCUAAUGGGAAUUGGGUUAGUGGUUUCCAAUAGAGGCCACCAGUUUCCUGUAAAACACCAUUAGAUCCCAAAGCAGGCUACAAAUCCAUCAGGAACCAGCAGAAAAGCUUAAUGGCUUCUAUGGGAGUUUUCCUUUUAAAACACUUAAUUCUACUGAUAGUAUCUCAGCAGUGUGACUGUAUCACAGUCCACUGCUGCUGUCUUUCAAUCAACUGUGGAACGAUCUGGUCACUCUUCCUUCUGUCCAGUCAGUCUGAAUGUGUGAUGUGCUCCAUCGUAAUCAGUCAUAUAGUUUUCUGAACUUGGACUUUGAUUCUCUCUGAUAAGACAGGGUUGCACUAGUGCUUAUUCUCUUCUCUCAGCUGAUAUUUGCUGGAACGAGUCCCGUAUUUAGGAGUAAAAGCACAUGACUGACUGCUACUGUACCUUUCACUGAAAAGCCGGUGAAUUCAGCUUUGCAUCAGCUUGCAUUAGCAGCAUGAUGGUAAGUGUACUGGUAGCAUCUUCCCUCCUGUAAUCAUCCUAAAACCGCGUCCACUCAGCAGGAACUGAAAGCUACACACUCCUGUUGUCAUGAUUUUAGUGAGGCAUAUUUGAAGUUGUUAUCUUUCCUUUAAGACACUGUACUCAGUUUAUAAAGAUCUGUCCAAAGCCUCAACAACACUUUUAUACAUCAUAGCACAAAGUAAGCUAGCACAUCCAUUACUGCACACUCUUUUUCAAGUUUUGCUUUUUGUUGUUUAUUAUAGUUAAAUAUGUUUUUGAAGAGAGGAAUGAAUCUUUUAUUCCAGCUCUGAAACAUGAUUGCUGUCUCAAAUGUAUCACACGGAGGUCCAGAACCUGGGCUGAAAUUAUUUUGUCUGCAAAUCAAAAGAUUAAAAAUUCUAAAUUGUA